AUGACCUCGUUUGCGACCGGUAUUGCGCUUCGCAUAUAUGUGAAGGUUUUUGGUUUGAUGCUCGGCGCGGUGGGCGUUUCGCUCGUGUUGCAGGCGAUUGGGGUUCUUUUUUCCUCGCACAGCAAGGUCGCGGUCUUGUUGAUGCUGCUCUCUAGCCUGGUACUCCUCGCGGGGGAGUUCGCGGUGGUGUUUCAUUUGCCCUUGCUGGCCCCGUUUGCGCCGAAGAGCCUGGUGUGGCUGGAACAAAACAUCACGACGAAACUCGGGCGGAGCGUGGUCUACGGCGGGCUGGGCCUCGCGGGCGUUUUGUGCAACGUCGUGUAUCAUUUUCACGGAUUCUACGCAGGCUGGAACUGCCUUCUCACCACCCUAGCGGCGGCGAUAUACGUACUGGAGCACGAGGAGGAGCCGGAAGCGGCAGCGGAGAAAGCCCCGAUCGUGCCACCGUCCAAGAAAAAGAAGGCUACCGCAGCAGCGGCCUCCGAAGAGACGGCGAGUACGGCGGUCUAG